UCAUGGGAAAGCGUAGCUGGAGGGCCCGCCUGAAUCACAGGUGACGGGCCCGAGACCAGAGACACGCACACGCACACGCAGACGCCCAGCAUGGGGGUUCGGAGAAAUGAGGCAAAGCCCCGGUGAUGGGACGGGAGGGGGCCCCAGCCACCUGGGAGCUGGCAGGCAGCCAUGGGUGAUGAAAGCCCAGGGGAAUGGAAACAGGGGAGCGGGCCUGUUGUAAUCGCUACGCCCACUUGCCGGCUAUAAAGGAGGCGGGCGAGCCCCAGCAGCCGCACGCACUCAGGCUCUCUCCUCCUUUACAGCUCUCUUCUUUCACUCUGCACCCGCAGCCACUAUGACCACCACCAUCCGCCAGUUCACCUCCUCCAGCUCCAUCAAGGGCUCCUCUGGCCUGGGGGGCGGCUCGUCCCGCGCUUCCUGCCGGCUGUCCAGUAGCCUGGGUGGCGGUUCCUGCAGGCUGGGAUCGGUCGGCGGCCUGGGCAGUGCCCUCGGGGGCAGUAGCUACUCCAGCUGCCACAGCUUUGGCUCUGGUGGGAGCUAUGGCGGCAGCUUCGGGGGCGUUGAUGGGCUGCUGGGUGGAGGCGAGAAGGCCACCAUGCAGAACCUCAACGACCGCCUGGCCUCCUACCUGGACAAGGUGCGUGCCCUGGAGGAGGCCAACACUGAGCUGGAAGUGAAGAUCAGAGACUGGUACCAGAAGCAAGCCCCGGGGCCCGCUCGCGACUACAGCCACUACUACCACACCAUCGAGGACCUGAAGAGCAAGAUCCUCACAGCCACCGUGGACAAUGCCAACAUUCUGCUGCAGAUUGACAAUGCCCGUCUGGCCGCGGAUGACUUCCGUACCAAGUUUGAAACGGAGCAGGCCCUGCGUGUGAGUGUGGAGGCCGACAUCAACGGCCUGCGCCGGGUGCUGGAUGAGCUGACCCUGGCCAGAGCCGACCUGGAGAUGCAGAUUGAGAACCUCAAAGAGGAGCUGGCCUACCUCCGGAAAAACCACGAGGAGGAGAUGACUGCCCUGCGGGGCCAGGUGGGCGGCGAGAUCAACGUGGAGAUGGAUGCGGCGCCUGGUGUGGACUUGAGCCGUAUCCUGAAUGAGAUGCGUGACCAGUAUGAGAAGAUGGCAGAGAAGAACCGCAAGGAUGCUGAGGACUGGUUCUUCAGCAAGACGGAGGAGCUGAACCGCGAGGUGGCCACUAACAGCGAGCUGGUGCAGAGCGGCAAGAGUGAGAUUGCCGAGCUUCGGCGCACAGUGCAGACCUUGGAGAUUGAACUGCAGUCCCAGCUCAGCAUGAAAGCAUCCCUGGAGGGCAGCCUGGCGGAGACAGAGAACCGCUACUGCGUGCAGCUGGCCCAGAUCCAGGGGCUGAUCGGCAGCGUGGAGGAGCAGCUGGCCCAGCUGCGCUGCGAGAUGGAGCAGCAGAGCCAGGAGUACAGGAUCCUUCUGGACGUGAAGACGCGGCUGGAGCAGGAGAUCACCACUUACCGCCGCCUGCUGGAGGGCGAGGAUGCCCAGGUCUCUUGGUCCCAGCCUCACUUCCAAGCAUCUGUUGCCCCCACAGCUGUGACCACCCGCCAGGUGCGCACCAUUGUGGAGGAGGUCCAGGACGGCAAGGUCAUCUCCUCCCGCGAGCAGGUGCACCAGACCACCCGCUGAGGACGCGGCUAGCCCCUCAGGAGACAGGGAGGUGGCUGCCCCACCUGCCCUGCAGCCCCUGGCCUCUGCAGCCUCAGCCCCCUGCUUCAGGCCCUUCCCCACACUCCCCUGCCUGACCCCAAUAAAGCUUGUUG